CAUGGUAUCCCGCGGUGUUGUGGUGCUUAUCAUCUCUGUCGUUGCUUUAUCACAGGCCGCCAAGAAGGAGAAAAAGAUACCGAACCUGCCUUUACCUUCAUAUAUCGGACAAGGGUGCAAAUACAACGACCCCAACAUCAACGAGUGUGUGGUUAGAAAAGGCGCUCCAGCUGUGAGACAGAUUACCAAUGGAGACCCCAAGUAUCGGAUCCCAAGGCUGGACCCUCUAGUCAUAGAAUCGCUGAAAGUCCAGCAAGGCACUCGGCAAGUUGGUCUAUCCCUAGAGUGUAGGAACUGUUCUAUGUAUGGACUACAGAACAUAAACUUUACCGCUGCAAGGCUGGAUCUCAACAAUAGUCACUGUGAAUGGGAUUUCUACCUCGAAAAACUGUUUAUAAGAGGCAAAUACAACGUAACAGGUCGAGUGCUGCUGCUUCCCAUCCUCGGCGACGGAGACGCCAACAUUACCGCCAUUGGGGUGAGAUUCUCGUACAAGUAUGACUGGGUGUUGGACAGGAAAGCCAACGGUCUAGACUACGUAAGGAUCACUUCUCAUUCUCUUCCUUUCACUUUGGACAGACUCUACAUCUCUCUGACCAACUUGUUUAACGGAGACAGACUGCUAGGUGACAACAUGAACAUUUUUCUCAAUGACAACUGGCAAGAGAUUAUGAAAGAUUUGAGCCCAGCACUAAGUGAGGCUUUGGGAGAAGUCUUUCGGCAGACUCUCACUUCGAUGGCUGAUCUUGUACCUUUCCAGACACUCUUUCCUCCGAACUGACCAAAUACUAGCUAUAAGUAAGAAACAAUAACUUUGUGAAUAAUCUGUUUUUAUUUGACAGUGAGGUAUGAAACUUUCGUCAUUGAUCUUUGAGGGGUUCAAUUCAAUGCCAUCAUGUUCUUUGUUGUUCCUAUAUUUUACUUCAAGAAAAAUCUAAAUGUAAACAAUGUGUAGGUAUAUUACACUACAGUAGACUCUCUCUUAUCCGGACACCUUUUAACCGGACAUCAGUUUAACCGGACUAGUUUGGCAGGAAGUGGGCAGUCCUGAAAUGACUGUUCUCGUGGAAAAGAUUUGAGACCAGUGAUCACGUGUCUAAAUACAAUGCUCUCCUAUAUUUAAAUCAAAUACUGUAUACAGUAUACAUUCAAACAGUCCGUUUUAACGAGUCUUUGGGAAUGACGGUUUAACCAGAAAACCCGUUAUCCGGACUAGCCUCAGCCCCGAGGAGUCCGAAUAAGAGGGAGUACUACAGUACUACAAUUUUAAUGAGACCUUGCCUUUUAGAAGUACAGUGCUACUAAAUAUUUAGGAACAUUUUGCUUAUAAUAUGUCACUUCAUAAGUUGACAUUUAAUUACCCUUUCAAGAAGUAUAAUUGAAAAUAAUUUACUCCUUAUAUGUAAAAAGAUGUGUCAUUGUAUAGAAAACAGAU